CCUUAUUUCGGGCUGGAUUUGUGCUUGGCGACUGCGACGAUGACAUGCGUGACUGCAUCUUCGGGAUCUGCUUCGACGGUGAUUAAGCGACACGCUUUGUGAUACUUCUCGACGCCGUGGCAACCCCCUUCGUGUCCCCCUCCUCUUCCCCACCAUGACGACCGCAGGCCGCCCCCUCAUCACCUCCCAGACGCUGUUUCUGUUCCCCAUGCCCUACACCGUGUGCCUGCCUGUAGAGGCGACGGCGUCCUGCGAGGUAGCGUCGGGCGAGGCGCAGGAUGGCGGCGGGGGAGGAGCCCGCGACGGCACCAGCCAGGACAGGAGCGAGUCGAGGCCACGCGCUAACGGGGCCCUCAGUGUGUGUAGCUCCGCCGUGCCGGGAGGACCUUCGCGCCGCUCCGCCUCGCCGCCGCCCACCCCGCCACUCUCCGACCAGUCCUCCGACAGCGGUCUGUGGACGUCCUCCUCGUUUGGAGGUGGGGAGCAGCCUUCUGGAGGGCCUUCGCCUGGCAGCAGCAGCCCCUCGCCGCCGCCCUCGCCGCGCUUGCCCGGAGAGCUUAACACUGAGACGUUGCGCCAACUGGACAUCCUCAACAAGAACAUUUUGGCCGAUUUCGCUCGCAAAUUGCAGGAGGGCGAGGACGCCGAGGUGCAAGACGACGAAGGUGCUGGGCUCGGGAGUGGCACCUUCAGCCGAAGAAGCAAGAGGCGGCGGCCGCCCCGCGGAGGGUCGGGCGAGCAGCCUCCGAGUGGCAGCAGUGGACGUGCGGGAGUGUUUGACCUGAGAGAUGCCUGGCGGGAGUUAGCAGGAGUCACACCUUCGCGCAGGUUGCUGCAACUCAUGCGUCGCCUACAGGAGAAGCUUGGCGACACCGUGCCCUCGGUCCUGGAUCACGUGACCUUCGGCCGGUCUCCAGCGCCGCGCUCGGGCAAGCGAUCACCUCUAAAGGAUUCGUCGCUUUUCAACAACCCCGGGCAGCAGCAGCAGCAGCAGCUGGCGGUGGCCUCACCCUCCGGCGCCCUGGUGUGCGGAGGGGGCCACGUGCGCACCUUCGUCAACACCAGCCAGCUGCCUGACCUGAGGGACGACCUCCUCAACAACAACAACGUCGCCCAGGACCCCCUGGUGUGCCUCGCCAAGUCUGGCGCCCCCAGCGCCGAGUGGCACCAGCUGCCCCACCCAGAUAUGACGCAGCAGAAGGAGAACGUAAUGGUUUCGCCGCCCGUGCGCCCCCACCGGAGCAAGAGCCGGAAGCGGACGGGCAGCCCCAGCAAGGAGCGGCGGUCCAGCGAGCAGCAUCCCCUUCGCGCACGUGACAACAGCUGCGCGCGCGAGCCUGACCAUCCGCGAAUAAGGGACAGUAGCGCCGCGCGCGAGCGGGACAGCAGUCAGCAGCGAGGUCGUCACGCGAGCCGCCCUCGGGACAUGAGUCGGAGCCGCCAGGAGAAUGACAAAAGGGCUCGGGACUCCAGCCCCGUCAGGACGCCGCGCGAGUCCCUGGGGCUUCCUCGGGGGCGCGACCGAACCAACCGCUCGCAGGCCCGAGACCUACCUCCCCUCAGCGGCGACCGGUCGCGCGCGCCGAGGGGUAUAUCGCAGCCGCCCCCCAGCAAUACCCUCCCUCGGGCGCACGACCCCCGCCACCACCUCCGCGCCCACCACGGACACACCCUGGAGACGACCAAGCCCAAGCACGCAGCCUCGGGCAGCAAGUUCAAGCCUGAUGUGCUGUCCGCCCUGACUGCCAGGUUGCUUCCUGGCUCCAACAUGCUGCGCACGCCCCCUGUGGCCAAGAAGAAGCCGCCCUCAGCGCGCCCUGGCAUGAGGGCCUCUCAGGGCAGGGGGCGCGAGAAGCGAUACACGUCGGGCGCGGAGAGUGAGCCCGAGCUCGGCUGCGGCCUCGACGACGGGCGCAAGAUGUCGACGGACUCGUCCUCGUCGGGUGUCAGUGGGUCGUCCUACGAGACGCCGACGUCAGGGGGGAAGGGCAGGGGCUCCCAUGGCUGCCCUGGGGAGAACCAGUACCUGGGUACAUGUGUAAAUAAUAACACUGUAAAUAUGAACUUGAGGAACUUAAGAGGACACGGCGGUGUGUCUGCCAGUGGAGUAUUGAACAACUCAGGUGUCGACAAUGUGAUAAGUGGAUAUAACAACACGCCUCGCUCGCAGAAUGUGAAUGAGUGCAGUGAGUGUAUUAAUUAUAACAGUGGUUGUGCGGUGCAUAGUAGUCACGGGAGCGGGAGCAAACAUUCACGUGCCGCCGCGGGGGGGUUCUCCCCGCACCAGCACCUGCACGCCCAGGCCACGGCGCAGCAGAGGCUUAGCGCCCACACAGAGCCCUCGCCGGCUCUUCGAGGCAAGGCCGUCAGCGCAACUAGUCAUGUCCCCGGCAGCAGCCCCAAGGCGGGCGCCGGCAGUGGCGGCCGAAGGCACAGUGGGUACUCCACGUGCGAGGAUUCGGACGUGGAGAAGAAGGCGAGUCCGAAACGCGGCCGCGUCAAGUCCAUCAAGUGCAACAAGAAGCAGGGCACGGUGGCGGUGCUCAUCAACCGCUACAACAACCCGGCGCAGCAGCACAUCAUCAAACCCAUCAAGAAGCUCACGUCGUCGCGCAUGUCUAUGCUGAGGCCCAAGAAACAUCAGAAAAGCGACAGCAAGACAGACAGCAGCGUCGCCGCGCCGCCCGCCCCCUCCCCCGCCUCUGCCGCCACCGUGAGCAUCGGCCGCAGCCCCGCGACAAACACUAGUAACAAGGAGAACCAGAAACACAGGAGUCGCGUUCACGUCGGCGGCGCUGACAAUCACGGCCUGGGCGGCGCACAUCGCAAAGGGCGGGAUGUAGGCAAGAACCAGGCCCACGCCGUCAAGUCCACCACCAUCAGUAUUGCCAUGGGCCCCAUGCACAACAUGGCGCCCCCGAGAAAGACAGCCACGCUCCCCAGCGUGACCAAGGGCCCCAAGGCGCUGGUGGGCAGCCUGAGUGUGGACAAGCCUCGCCCCCGCUCGGGGUCGCGGCUCAUUCGUAAGGAAACGUUCCGUGUCGUGCGGCCCUUGCUGGAGAGUGAGGAUGGGGCGCCGCCCGACGGCUGCCCCAUCAAGCCCUCGGUCAGGCUCAGGUACCUCAUGCAAAGGGCGCAGAGCUCGAGCAACAGUGACAACAGUGCCGAGAAUAGCGCUGGAGAAGAGAAUGCGCUGAACGAGUUCAACUUCCUGCACGAAGGGGACGCGGUCGAUCUCGGCGUGGUCGCUCCCGCGGCCCCUGUCGAGGGCCAGGUCAGUAUCGAAGAGGUAGAGGAGGAGGAGGAGGUGGAGGACCUUGCGGAGGGAAGCACCCGCUCCUGCUCUCGUACCCGCUCGUCCUCCCCGCCCUCCUACCAUGUCCACCUGCCAGACGACCAGGUUGGCGGUCGUGAUGUGGACGAGGUCCGGACGCGACGACUGCCGCUGUCCCGGUUCGACCGCGACCGGGACUCGGCGUACGAGACCUACCGCAACUCCCAGUAUGGCUCCAUGGGCAUGGACCAGUUCCGUCUUAUCUCCGUACUGGGCCGAGGUCACUUCGGCAAGGUCAUACUGGGUCAGUACAAGAACACGGGCGAAUACUUCGCCAUCAAGGCUCUCAAGAAGGGCGACAUCAUCGCUCGCGACGAAGUGGAGAGCCUCCUGGCCGAGAAGCGCAUCUUCGAGGUGGCCAACUCCGUCAGGCAUCCCUUCCUCGUUAACCUCUUCGCAUGCUUCCAAACUGAGAGUCACGUGUGUUUUGUUAUGGAGUAUGCUGCUGGUGGCGACCUCAUGAUGCACAUCCACGCCGACGUGUUCGACGAGCCCCGCGCCGUGUUCUACGCCGCCUGCGUCGUCCUCGGCCUGCAGUAUCUCCAUGACAACAAGAUCAUCUACCGUGAUCUCAAGCUAGACAAUCUCCUCUUGGACACGGAGGGGUACGUCAAGAUCGCCGACUUCGGGCUGUGCAAGGAAGGCAUGGGCUACGGCGACCGGACCGGCACCUUCUGCGGCACGCCCGAGUUCCUGGCGCCCGAGGUGCUCACCGAGACCUCGUACACUCGCGCCGUCGAUUGGUGGGGUCUGGGCGUCCUCAUCUUCGAGAUGCUGGUUGGGGAGUCUCCGUUCCCCGGUGACGACGAAGAAGAAGUCUUUGAUAGCAUUGUAAACGAUGAAGUGAGGUAUCCACGGUUCCUCUCCAUCGAGGCCGUGGCUAUCAUGCGUAAACUACUCCGCAAGCACCCAGACAGACGCCUAGGAGCUAGUGAGAAAGAUGCAGAAGAUGUUAAGAAACAGCAGUUCUUCCGUAAUGUUAUAUGGGAUGAUCUUUUACAACGCAAGGUCAAGCCUCCAUUCGUGCCCACGGUGACAUCGCCAGAGGACGUCAGUAACUUCGACGAAGAAUUCACCACUGAGAAACCUGUCUUGACGCCACCCAAAGAUCCUCGCCAUCUGAACGAUACAGACCAGACCCUCUUCAAAGAUUUCAACUACAUGGCUGACUGGUGCUGAGCGCGGCAUGACGCCAGGAGGGCAAUCUCAGUGGAGGGCCUCGCGCCCCGACCGCCCGCCGGCCGGGCCGUGCGUAUCUCGACGAGGAAUCUGAUGUCUGGAGCAGCUCACUCAUGGCAGCAGCAGCAGCAGCUGGUCGUAUGGCUGUUAGCCUUCCCCUGAUUCCAAGGGGGAGGCAUAGCUUGCUUAAAGCAGCAGCAGCACCUGUGAGAGGCAGGCGUGGCAGAUGCAGACACGUUCCCUCAGUGCAAAGACCUGUCGCCACCUCGAGGGUUCUGCUAAGGAUCUGGAGGGUAUCUUUGUGUUACCUUCUUGAAUCCUGUGGUUUUUCAAACACACGGGAUGCUCUGCUUACCACUCCUGGCCUGUCCUGACCUCACACCACAUGGUUGUACAUACGCCACAUCUCUCUUCUCUUUGAUAAACAUCUGUCGCCAUAAAUAGUACUAAUCCCCUGUUAGUUUGUCGCCGGCUCAACUGGUAGUCCGGAAGUUUAGCCGCCAUGUUCGCUUGCCCACGUGACCACUAACUUAAGGUUGGGAAGUGACGGGUUGUAAGCCACCACUGUGAUCACUCCUGCUGUUGGAGGCUUUAAAGUCAACACAUGGGAACAUGUCCCCCUUCGAUUUUUUACUUUUUCAAUCAUUACCAAUCGAUUUGGACACUUCAAGAUUUUUAUGAGCUUUUUAAAUUAACGAAUGCCCGUCCAAAUUUUAGAACCUUUUAUUGUGAUAACCUGUGGCCUUUCCUGUUGUUAACUUCUGAAUGCAACUAUUUAUUCAUAUUGUGAUAUGUACUUUUAUGCAUCGUCGACUUCACAAAGGUCCCAGUUCCUCCUCCUUUUUUGGAAUACUCACUUCACACUCAUCCCGAAAAUUCGAUUAGGAAUUUAUCAGGAAUAUAGUGGAGCCCUGGGAAGAAGGGUCCAGAAGUACGUUGUGAGCACUGCAUGUGAGGUAGCGCAUUAUCCCCCCUCCUUGGCCCUGCCCCUCUCUCCCUCGCCCAUCCCGUCUCAUCUUCUUCACGCCUUCCCUCCCCUCCCUCCCCUCCCCCUCAAUUUAGUCCGUAGUCAGAAGCCAACCUCAUUGCGGCGGGUCCCUGCGGUGUGGCAAGGCGUCUGCGUGCACACACACACACAAAUGUUUUUAAUGCUCAGUUUUAAUUGCCACAUCAGUGUGCAGGUUAGCCUUUUAUUUUGGUAGAAGGCGUGGUCCGACGACGCCAUGGGGCAGGGACCCGUCACUUGAUUUUUCAUUUCACAUACUCCAGUGAUUCUUGACAUUGUAGGGAUGCCUAGUGUAAAUUAAACGUGAUGAUCCUGUAGGAUAUAAAUAUUUUAAAUACUAUAAUGAAUUUUUUUGAGAAAUCGGUCAUGUAUAUUUUAAUAGUGACUGUUGAACACUUUGUCCUGGUAGCAAGAAGUUGAAAAAGCAAUGAUGGACAUUAUAUUUAUUUUUUGGUUUUGUCUUUGUUCAUUAUCAUAAUUCUUAUUAUUAUUGUUAUUAUUAUUAUUGUAAAUAGUAAUAAUGAUGAUGAUACUGUUGUUUUAGUUGCUGCCAAAUAUCCAAUGUUGCCAUAACAACUGCAUCUGCUAAAGUAAAAAAAAUAUGAGUAGAAGUAAAAGACCAUCUUUAAUCAAAACCAUUAUUUUCAGACAAUUAUUUUGCGUUUUCCGAUCUGCUCGAAUGAUUUGGAAUGUAUUUUUACAAGUGUAUGAUGAGUCAGAUUUGAGUCUGAUAUUAUUUUGCUUGAAUUAGGAUUGUGUAUGAUAUUUAUAGGACUUGUGUUCUGUUCUCCAGUGCUUGUCUCUGUUCAUAACUUAUUUUAGGUGUAGAUGUGUCCCUGCAGAUUAGGGACGCCACAACUGUUAGGCUUGUACAGAUGGUUAAACAAUCGUGUAAGGGUUAACAAUCUGUUUUGUAGCUAUUAUGUCUUCAAUAAAUUUAUACAUAUAUUUUA